AUGGUCCAACAAGACUCAUCCAAGCUCGAACAGCUUCAGACUCACAUGAAGCAACUGCAGAAGGGCGUGGAGGCCCAGGUUAUCGGGGAAGAGGCCCUCAAGCAACUGCGUCUCGUGCUUGGCAUUCACGACAAAGCCCUAAGUGCCAUUUACCAAGACCGGAUCCUGCGUAGCCUGCAGUUUGAGAAAAUUCAUCUCAGAGACAACGGAGUCCAGGAUCCAUACGAGAACACUUUCAAGUGGAUUCUGGAGGAUGACGAGGGUAUCAUGUCCCACGACUUUCAAGAAGAUAGGAAACGCCAUUCAAGAGACAUGUUCUUGACAUGGCUCUCUUCAGGGUCUGGCAUCUUCCAUAUCAGUGGAAAGCUGGGGUCGGGCAAAAGCACACUGAUGAGGUACCUUUCCACACAUAGCCUUACCCGGAUUGAAAUCGGGAAAUGGGCUGGUGAUAGAACUCUUGUUCUGGCCAGCUUCUUCUUCUGGAAGCCUGGUUCGGAACUGCAAAAGUCCCUGCAAGGCCUUUUCCGUUCACUUCUGUACGACGUCUUGACGGCUUGUCCAGAUCUGAUCCGAGACACACUGCCAGAGUAUUGGCGCCUUGCAGAACAAGCACCGUGGCAGAUUCAAACUAGAUUCAACAUUCCAUCUUGCACUGUCAACUCUGCACUCCAAAACGUCUUUUCGGAUGUUCGUCUCUACCGAGGCCACCGCUUCUGCUUCUUCAUCGAUGGCCUCGAUGAGUAUGAAGGAACCGACGGACAGGACCCUACACACCUAGUGGCACUGUUAAAGAGCUGGGUCAAGGACUCUCACGGAUGUCUCAAGUUGUGUGUAUCGAGCAGGGAACACAAUGUCUUUAUGAACGCCCUCUCCAAAGAUCAGCGUCUUAGACUCCACGAGUUGACCCUGUUCGAUAUGCAGGAAUAUGUUGCAGGCCACCUCAAAGACAUGCCGAGCGACACCCUCAGUGAGCAUCUGAGAAACGAUUUGAUCACGUCCAUACCAGAGAAGGCUGAUGGCAUCUUCCUGUGGACUAUCCUUGUCGUGAGGACCAUCCGUCGCAAGAUCGAGGAC